AUGGCCACUCGAAUCGCAUACGCCUUCAUACUCCUAAUCAACUCCAUUCUAUCCUGGGUUAUGCUCACUCGGUGGGCGCUUAACAAGCUUGAACACCUUACAUUCGACUUCUUGCCUAUAACGUGUGACGGCCAGAAGUGUCAUGGCUGGGUUGCGGUCCACCGAAUCAACUUCGCCUUGGGUCUGUUCCACAUCAUCCUCGCUGUACUUCUUAUAGGCGUCCGGUCUACGAAAGACGAACGAGCAAAACUACAAAACGGAUUCUGGGGACCAAAAGUCAUUAUCUGGCUUGCAUUUAUUGUCUUGUCCUUCUUCAUCCCCGAGAGCUUCUUCAUCGUAUGGGGAAACUACAUUGCUUUUGUCGGAGCAAUGCUGUUCCUACUCCUCGGCCUUGUCCUCUUGGUCGACCUGGCUCAUAACUGGGCCGAACUUUGCUUGCAGAAGAUCGAUGAAACUGAUUCAAGACUAUGGAAGGGCUUGUUGAUCGGCUCUACCCUUGGAAUGUAUCUCGCCUCUAUUGCCAUGACCGUGCUCAUGUAUGUCUUCUUUGCCGGUCAAAACUGUGCUAUGAACAAAGCUGCCAUCACCAUAAAUCUCUUGGUCUUCCUUAUUGUUUCCUUCAUAUCCAUACAACCAGCGGUGCAAGAGUCUAACCCUCGUGCUGGAUUGGCCCAGGCUGCUAUGGUCACUAUAUAUUGCACUUACCUUACCAUGUCUGCCGUGUCCAUGGAGCCAGAUGAUAAUCAAUGCAACCCUCUGCUACGCGCUAAUGGCACCAGAACUGCUUCUGUUGUCCUUGGUGCAAUAGUCACCAUGUUAACGAUUGCUUACACCACAACUCGUGCUGCUACUCAAGGAUUCGCCAUGGGAUCUAGUGCUGCCCAAAACAACUACGCAUCCCUCAGCCAGGAUGAACCUGAGCACGGUCUAGUCGUUCAGCAACCCGGCCUCACUCGUCGUGAGAUGCGCGCGGAAGCUCUUCGUGCCGCUGUUAACAGUGGCAGUUUACCUGCCAGCGCUUUGGACGAUGACGAUGACGAAUCUGAUGACGGUAACUCGAAAGACGAUGAGCGAAACUCGACCCAGUACACAUACUCCCUAUUCCACUUCAUUUUCCUCCUGGCAACAAUGUGGGUUGCUACUCUAUUAACACAAAAUCUCGACAUCGAAGCCCAGGACGACCUGGCCCCUGUCGGCCGCACAUACUGGGCCAGCUGGGUGAAGAUUAUCAGCGCCUGGGUGUGCUAUGCUAUAUAUCUAUGGACCCUGGUUGCGCCGGUUCUUCUACCCGACCGGUUCAACGUAUGA